AUGGGAGGCUGGGCGCGCGGAUCCCGCGCGGUGCUCCGCGGGAUCGCGCUUUUGAGCGGGCGCGCCUUUCCCGCGCCCGCGGGUGCGCCGGCCGGUGCGACGGCCGCGGGAGCGCGAUGGUCCUCGCGCGGGAUGUUCGGCGGCGGUGCCCACUGCCGACGCGGUUUCGCCGCGACCGCCCCCGCCGCCGACGACGACCACGGCUCGGACGAGAACAACGUCCGCAACUUCGCCAUCAUCGCGCACGUCGACCACGGCAAGACCACGCUGCUGGACACCCUGAUGCGGCAGGCGAACCAGGACGUCUCCACCGAGCGGCUCAUGGACAACAGGGAUCUGGAGCGCGAGCGCGGCAUCACAAUCUCCUCCAAGUACACCUCUUUCGACUACAAGGGCACCACGUUCAACGCGGUGGACACGCCGGGACACGCCGACUUUGGCGGCGAGGUGGAGCGCGUGCUGGACAUGGUCGACGGGUGCCUGCUGCUCGUGGACUGCAUCGAGGGGCCGAUGGCGCAAACCAAGUUCGUGUUGGGCAAAGCCCUUAAGAAGGGCCUCAAGCCGAUCGUCGUGCUCAACAAGGUGGAUAGACCGGCAGUCACGGAGCGGGGAUGCGCGGAGGUGGAGAGCAAACUCUUCGACCUAUUCGCCGCGAUGGGCGCGUGCGACGAGCAGCUGGACUUCGCCGUCGUCUACGCGUCCGCCCGCGCCGGCGUGUGCUCCGACGACCUGGCCGCCGCUCGAGAGAUGUGCGCACGGGUAGAAUCGACGGAGGACACCUCGGGGGACAUGUCCGCGCUGCUCGACGCGCUGAGGGAGAGGACGCCCCCGCCGCUCGGCUCUCGCGCGGAUCCGUUCGCGCUCCUCGUGUCCAUGAUCGAGCACGACCCGUUCGUCGGCAGGCUCGUCACCGGCCGCGUGGCGAGCGGCGAGGUGAAGGUUGGGGACCGGGUCAAGGCGUUGACCGCGGCGGCGGCGGCGGCGGGAGCCGACGGCGCCGCCUCGGGUACCCCCGGCGCGCUCCAGCGGGAGAGCGGCCGCGUGACCAAGCUCUUCACCAGUAGGGGCGGCGUGAGGCACCCGCUGGAGCGCGCCGCCGCCGGGGACAUCGUCUCCGUCGCGGGCCUCUCCGGAGCCACCGUGACAGACACGGUUUGCGACGCCGCGGUGACGGAACCGCUUCCGGCUACGCCCAUCGACCCGCCGACGUUGCGGAUGACGUUCGGCGUCAACGACAGCAGCUUGGGCGGGCGCGAGGGUAAGUCCCUGACGGGGCGGCAGAUCUGGGACAGGCUCGUCGCGGAGGCGGAGACCAACGUGGCGCUCCGGGUCCUCCAGGUCGCUGACGGCGGAGGCGACAGGUUCGAGGUUCAGGGCCGCGGGGAGUUACACCUCGGCGUCCUGAUCGAGACGAUGCGACGCGAGAAGUUCGAGCUCUCAAUCUCCCCGCCCGCGGUGUUGUUCAGGCAGUGCGAGCAGACCGGGCGGCGGCUGGAGCCCAUCGAGGAGCUGACGUGCGAGGUUGAGGAGACGCACUCGGGCGGCGUCAUCGAGGCUAUCGUUCAGCGAAAAGGGGAGAUGACGGACAUGGCCAUCGGCGCCGGGGAAGGCGGCCGGACGCGCAUGACGUUCACGUGCCCCUCCCGAGGGCUCAUCGGGUUCAGGCAGGUGUUCAUCAACGAGACGCGCGGGACCGGGACGCUCACCCGAGCGUUCCACGGCUACGAGCCGCACCGGGGGGCGAUGGACAGGGUGCGUAAAGGCGCCAUCGUGUCCGUCGCGACGGGCGUCACCACCGCGUACGCUCUCGGUCAGCUCGAAGCCCGCGGAACCCUGUUCGUCGGGCCCAAGACGGAGGUGUACGAGGGGAUGAUCAUAGGCGAACACUCGCGGGAGGAGACGAUCGAGGUCAACCCGUGCAAGGAGAAGAAGCUGACGAACAUGCGAGCGUCGGGCGCGGAGGAGCAGGUUCGACUGACGCCGCCGAGGUUGAUGAGCCUGGAGGAGGCGAUCGGAUACGUGCAGGCGGACGAGCUCAUCGAGGUGACGCCCACGGCGAUCAGGCUGAGGAAGGCCGAGCUCAACUCGUCCAUGCGGAAGAGCAACGCGCGCAAGGCGGCCAAGAGCGCGGACUGA